AUGUUGUCUGCAAAAGGAUCUGGUGCUUUGGCUCUUUUCCACAGUGUCAUAAUCGUGACUGCACUGAUAGACUCUGAUGAUGUCAUCACACGAGAUGAGCAGAUCUACGUCCUGAUUGGUGCUCACGCCAAGUGUGAGAGGAGCGUCCAGGCUCAAAUAUCCCUGGUUAAAGAAGGUGACUGUAUCCCCGAGUGGGACGGGAUCAUCUGCUGGCCACGGAGCAGAGCAGGUCAGCUGGUGUCAGUGCUGUGUCCAGAGUACAUCUACGACUUCAACCACAGAGGGAGAGCCUACCGUCUGUGUGACGCAGCGGGAAACUGGGAGCAGGUUCCGAGUAUCAACCGCACUUGGGCUAACUACACCGAGUGCACCACAUACUUGACCUCCAACCACAGGAGCCAAGAGGAGAAGGUGUUUGAGAGACUCCAUCUCAUGUACACUGUUGGCUACUCCAUUUCUCUUGCAUCGCUGUUGGUGGCAGUCUCCAUCCUCUGCUAUUUCAAGCGUCUCCACUGCACACGCAAUCACAUCCACAUUCACCUCUUCACCUCCUUCAUCUGUCGAGCAGUCAGCAUUUUUGUGAAGGACGCUGUGCUCUACUCCAUAUCUGAAGACAGAGAGGCUGAGUUCACUGCACAGAAGCCCCAUAUGGCCGGCUGUAAAGUUGCUGUUACUCUCUUCCUUUAUUUCCUGGCGACCAAUCAUUACUGGAUCCUGGUGGAGGGGUUGUACCUACAUAGCCUCAUCUUCAUGGCCUUCCUCUCUGACAAGAACUACCUAUGGGCCCUCACCAUCAUUGGCUGGGGUGUUCCAGCUGUGUUUGUGUCUGUCUGGGUCAGUGCUCGAGCCUCGCUGGCAGACACACAAUGUUGGGACAUCAGUGCAGGAAACCUGAAGUGGAUCUAUCAAGUUCCCAUCCUGGCAGCUAUUGUUGUUAAUUUCCUUCUCUUUGUCAAUAUAAUACGCGUACUGGCCUCUAAACUGUGGGAAACAAACACGGGUAAAUUGGACCCUCGGCAGCAAUAUCGGAAGCUGCUCAAGUCCACAUUAGUCCUCAUGCCCUUGUUUGGAGUUCACUACAUGGUGUUCAUGGCUCUUCCCUACACUGAGGUCAGCGGGCUGCUGUGGCAGGUGCAAAUGCAUUAUGAGAUGUUCUUCAAUUCAUCCCAGGGCUUUUUUGUGGCAUUUAUCUACUGUUUCUGCAAUGGAGAGGUGCAGGCAGAGGUAAAGAAGGCGUGGUUAAGACGCAGCCUCGCGCUGGACCUCAAACAGAAAGCCAAGAUGACGAGCAGCGGAGGCAGCUGUUACUACGGCGGCAUGAUGUCUCACACCACCACCCACAGUGUCAGUUUGUCUGCUGCCAAUCCCAGAGCUCUUUCCUUAACUGGAGGUGUGGUGGGCUCAGGUGGAGCUGCCGGUGGAGGUUCAGGGGUCAGGCCGCCACGCCGCGGCUCUCUCCACCCACAAACCAGCCUGCCUGGAUACGUGCCCGGUGAUACUGAGACAUCCGGCCCCCAGCAGGAGCUGGCAGUGCGGAAGCCAGGGGGGACGGAGUCUGGAGUCUUUGCCAGGCACGGCAGAGCCAUCAAGGGAGUUCAUGACAGCAAAAGUCACGGAGCACCUCCAGCCCAAACCCCUGGAGCAGAAGAUCCAGACCGCUGCCUAUCCCUGAAAGAGCUGGAGACCAUCUUUUGA